GUGGGGUAAGUGCUUAUGUACACAUCCUCAGCACUCGCGCUUCAGGUGUAGCAUGAUGCUAAAGCGCGACACUAGAAAACAGUUCUGACGUCAUUUUAAUGUUAACGUUUUUAUCUAAUCGCGAUCUAGAGAUGUCUGUCCUGCUAUCAAACGAGCGUGGUUGGCUGUUGGACGCAUGUUCUUUCAUUAACGAAGGAUUUCGGCGGUGCUACAGCUUAAACAAGGGUUACUUCCGGUGCUGUUUCAAGAAGCAGUACUUUGAUAUACUGAAGCCUCAUAUAGUGAGUAAGUCCAGGAGUGCUUGUAUGAUGGGUGCUGUACCAAACACAGAGAGCCAUGCGGCUGAGGAUAACAAAAUCGAGCUAAAGACACGAAAGAAAAGGAAGCGUAAACGAAGUGAGAUGAAUCAAGGGGAGUUAGAUGCUGAAGUAUACCAUAAAAAGGUCAGGUGGUUGGUUCUGGAGGGCACUCGGUCUCUUCUGGAAACUGGGCAUCACUGUGGUUAUCUGACAGAAGAUUUACAUACAGUGCCAGCUAAACAAAUGCCUGGUCAUGAAUGCCAGAUGGCUGCACUAUGUGACAUGGCCAAGCAGCUGCCUAAAAUGGAGAAUUCUGAUGCCCCACAUGUGCAGGCUGUUAAUGGCCAUCCAGAUAUGGAUGCACACCUCGACCUGUUCUCAUGCCUCACAGAAAACCCAGAUGACAUUGCCCGUGAGGUAACGCUAAUGGGGGAGACGUAUUUCCUGCCUCCUCGCAGCCGUUUCUUGUUGUCUGACAUCACACGUUUACAACCCCUUAUUCGCAGCGAAGACAAAUAUGACCUAAUAGUUCUUGAUCCACCCUGGGAAAAUAAAUCUGUGAAAAGAAGCAGUAGGUACAGUUUUCUGCCAUCCUCCCAGCUCAAACAACUUCCUGUGCCAGUGUUGAGUGCAGCAGGAUGUGUGGUUGUUAUUUGGGUAACCAACCGUCCCCGCCAUCUCCGGUUCGUCAAGGAGGAACUUUAUCCUCACUGGGGAGUGAAGCUGCUUGCAGAGUGGCUCUGGGUGAAGGUGACCCGAAAAGGGGAGGUAGUUUUCCCCCUGGAUUCUCCACACAAGAAGCCUUACGAAGUGUUAUUACUUGGAAGGUUCUCUGCUAACAGUUACAGCACAACUGGAGCUGAAGCGUGUGAGAUCCCAGAUCAACGGCUCAUAAUUAGCAUUCCCUCAGCACUGCACUCUCAGAAGCCAGCUCUAUCAGCUGUGUUGAAGCCAUACAUUAGGCCUAAUGCUAAGUGUCUGGAAAUGUUUGCUCGAAGUCUCCAGACUGAUUGGACAAGCUGGGGAAACGAGGUCCUCAAAUUCCAGCACCACAGCUAUUUUACCACAGAUAGUGCGGAGUGUGCACGUGACACAUUUACUGAGACUACAGAUGCAGAUCAACAGGUAGACACAAGAGUAAUGGACAAAUCUGCCUGUCUGUGAACCUAAGAACAAUUUUAGAAAUAUAAACCACUUAAUAUUUAUUUUUAGAAAUGGAAAACAGCAUUGAUAUUAAACAAUUUUUGUACAGUA